UCCUUAUCAAAAUACAAAAUAUAUCAAUAUCAAUUAUUAUUAUAUAUAUCUCUCUCUCUCAUGAUAACCCACCUUCCUUCCACCUCAAAUCCAUCAUCUCCAUUAUUCUUAUUUCUCAAUCUAAAUCCACAAUUCACAAAAAUCAAGUCCUUUUUCAUGACCUGAUGCCGGAAUCAGAACACCCCGCCGGCGGCGACGAUCAGCCGGAGAAGACCCUGUUCGGAAAAUACGAGGUGGGUCGUCUUUUAGGCUAUGGUGCCUUCGCAAAAGUUUACCAUGCUCGCAAUAUCCACACGGAGCAAAGUGUCGCAAUCAAAAUUAUUAACAAACAAAGAAUUCUGAAAGGCGGUUUAGCGGGUAAUAUUAAACGCGAAAUAUCAAUUAUGCGGAGAUUACGUCAUCCGAAUAUCGUACGUCUGAUUGAAGUUCUCGCGAACAAGAAAAAGAUUUUUUUUGUUUUGGAAUUCGCGAAAGGGGGUGAGUUGUUCGCGAAAGUCGCCAAGUCUCGGUUUAGUGAAGAUCUUAGCCGUAAAUAUUUCCAACAGCUGAUUUCAGCCGUUGGAUAUUGUCAUUCUCGCGGUGUUUUUCACCGCGAUUUGAAGCCUGAAAAUUUGUUACUUGAUGAAAAUUGGAAUCUGAAAGUUACGGAUUUUGGGUUAUCCGCUUUAACGGAUCAAAUACGGGCAGAUGGGUUGUUGCAUACGUUGUGUGGUACGCCUGCUUACGUGGCACCAGAGAUUUUAUUAAAAAAAGGUUAUGAUGGUGCAAAGGUUGAUGUUUGGUCUUGUGGGAUAAUCUUGUUUGUUCUUAAUGCGGGUUAUUUACCGUUUAAUGAUCCGAAUUUGAUGGUUAUGUAUCGAAAGAUUUAUAAUGGUGAAUUUCGGGUUCCUAGGUGGACAUCAAAAGACCUCAAACGGCUUAUAUCGCGUCUUCUGGAUACUAAUCCAGAGACGCGAAUUACCGUUGAGGAAAUUAUUAAUGAUCCUUGGUUUAGAAUUGGCUAUAAAGAGGUUAAAUUUCAUCAUGAUUACCUCGAGUUAAAAGAUGACGAAGAAAAUGACGAUUUUGAUGAGUCAUCAGAAAUAUCCACCUCUACGUCCACGUCCAUAAGUUCAAAUUUAAAAACGAUGAACGCGUUUGAUAUAAUCUCGUUUUCCUCCGGAUACAAUUUAUCCGGAUUGUUCGACAACAAACAAGAGGACGGGGAACGGUUUUUGUCGACGGCAUCUCCGGAGGAAAUUAUCGAGACGGUGGUCACGGUGGCGGAGAAGGAAGAAAUGACCGUGGUAAAAAGAAAAGAAUGGGGUGUACAAAUAGUUGGAGGGUUAAAUUGUAAUUUUGUAAUGAGGAUAGAGUUAAAACGGUUAACGGAAGAGUUUGUUAUAGUGGAAGUUAGGAUUAGAGAAAAUGAAGUGGGUCCCAGUUGUAAAUUUUGGAAGGAAAAGAUUAGACCCGGUUUAAAUAAAUUAAUAUAUAAAAAUAAAACCGGACCGGCCGGAUGUCGAUGACUUGUAUUUCAA